AUGAAACACAUGGAUGUUCAAAAUAUUCCUCCUCGAAAGUAUUAUUUCAAAGACUUUUAUGAAAUUAAUGGAGGCAAUUGUCAACUAAACAGACUUGAAGGUGUUGUGCAUGAGAUCAACAAUACGCAAUCAAACACGCCCGGGAAGAAGACAUUUGUUGCCUUCAGUCUGAAAGAUUUGAGCUUUUUUUUAAAUCUUAGUGGUAACAUUGUUAGCUGCACAUUAUGGGAGAGCUAUGGAUCUAAGUUUUUGGAUUACUACAAUGACCCAAAUAAUAGCGGUGCUAUUGUCGUCAUACUAACCCAUGCAAUGAUAAAGGAAUCCCAGGUAUCCAAUGCAUGGAGUGGUUCUAAGCUGCUGAUCAAUGAAGACAUCCCUGAGAUUUCCGAGUUUUUAUCAAAGCUGCCUGCAAAUGAGCAAAAUCAAAAGCCUUCCCAAUCUGCCAAAUCUAUGUCUCUUUGGUCCGGUGGAUCUCAGUUUACAACACUUGAAAAAUUUGUUCAUAAGGCAAAGUGCAUUCCUUUGAGUGAAUUAACCAAAAUCAAACAAGACAUGUUAUGUGUGACCAUUGGAACUACUGUUAAAUUUUAUGUAUCCAAGCAUGGUUGGUUCUACUAUGGUUGUACAAAGUGCUCUGUCAAGGCUACUGAUUUGAACAAUCCAUACAAGUGUGUCUGUGGCGAAAAUGUUAACAAACCCAUACCAAGGUACAAAGUUGAUAUAUACGUUUGUGACGGUGAAUCAAAGUUCCGAUUUGUCUUUUGGGAUGCCGACUGUGAGCAUAUAAUAGGACAAUCUGCUGAUAGCAUGCAUAAAUCAAUGUUGGAGAAUGGUGAAGAUGAUCCCAUGGUUUAUCCUGAUGAGCUUGACAUCUUACUGGAAAAGAAAAUGGCUUUGAGAGCUAAGGUACAGCCAACCUUUGGGCAAGCAUCUGUUUGGAAGUUGUCGUAUGAUGAAGAAUUUGUCAACCAAAUUGAAAAGGAUUAUAUUGCUAAUGAGGCUCAUAGUAUUCCUGUCACGCAAAAUGCUGUUGCUGAUCACGUUGAAACUUCCAUGGAGUCGUUAUCUGCAUUUGGAGAAAAUGAUCCAGACAAGAGUUUGGCCAAUACCCCUUCAAAGAGCGUCUCUCAUGCCGUUGAUGCCGAAGAUUCGGAUUGUCAUGUUUUAGGGCUUACUCAAUACUCAGGAACCAAACCACCCAAAAAAGUGAAGAUUGAACCAAAUGCUUGAAGACUUGAUAGACUUACUAUUUGCUGGGACUUAUAUUUUGUUUAAUAUUGGAUGCUGUAUUUUUUUGACUUUUUAACUUAAUUGGGUUGUAUUUGUU